AUGAAAUCAAGAGUAUAUAGUGAGGCUCGUGUUUAUACGCGGGCUCUUGCACCUCUUGGCGAGGAAUAUUGGGAUUAUGAAAACACGACAAUAGACUGGAGAAGUAACAACAGUCAAUAUGAGAUCGAGAUGAAAGUUGGACGUGGGAAAUAUUCAGAAGUUUUCCAAGGGGUACAGUUGUCUACUAAGAAUAAAGUAGUUAUCAAGAUGUUAAAGCCUGUAAAAAAAAAGAAGAUUAAGAGAGAGAUUAAAGUUUUGACGAAUUUAUCUAAUGAAACCAAUCCACCAACAGCACAGGAGGCUUUCAGCAAGGAUGAGUAUUACAGCAAUGAGGAUAGUGAGGUGCGGAAGUUUAAUAGGUAUUCUGAGGUUUAUAUGUUGCCUCACAAUGGCCAUGAGAAUAUUAUUCACUUAUUAGAUGUGAUUAAAGAUUCGGUUUCCAAGACCCCAGCAUUAGUGUUUGAGUACGUCGAUAAUGUAGAUUUCCGUAUUUUGUACCCAACAUUUACAGAUAUGGAUAUCCGUUAUUAUAUGUUUGAACUAUUAAAAGCAUUAGAUUAUUGUCACUCUAUGGGAAUUAUGCAUCGUGAUGUUAAGCCACACAAUGUAAUGAUCGACCACAAGCAACGUAAAUUGAGAUUAAUUGAUUGGGGACUUGCUGAGUUGUAUCACCCUAAUGAAGAAUACAACGUUCGGGUUGCUUCCAGGUUCUUCAAAGGGCCCGAGUUGUUGGUAGACUAUAGAAUGUAUGAUUAUUCUUUGGAUCUAUGGUCCUUUGGAACUAUGCUAGCAUCUAUGGUUUUCAUGAAAGAACCAUUCUUCCAUGGCAGAAGUAAUACAGAUCAACUAGUUAAAAUAGUUCGCGUGCUUGGAAGCGAAGAUUUUGAAAAGUAUUUGAUGAAAUACCAGAUCACAUUACCAAGGGAAUUCAUGGAUAUGGACCAGUACAUCAGAAGACCUUGGAAAAGAUUUAUUAAUGAUACUAAUAGACAUUUGUGUGACAAUGAAGAAGUUAUAGAUUUGAUUGACAAUGUGUUGAAAUAUGAUCAUCAUGAGAGGUUGACUGCCAGAGAAGCCAUGCAACAUCCUUGGUUCGCGCCAAUAAGAAAUGGCGCAUACAAGAUGUGA